AUGUCAGCCACAACUAUACCUCUCCAACCCCUCGUGUCGAGGGCACGUGCGGAGACAAAUGACCGUUCCCCCCAUGCCGGCGCAGUCGGAGACUUUGAUUCUAUCAUAGUACACCCCGAAGAGGGGAAAGAAUGCGCUGGCAUGGAGAUAAGCGAUCGCGAUACUCCCCAUGCCGAGAACCGUGCUGGAAGGGAUCGGGUCUCACUUGCGGAGAAGCAACAUCCGCCAGAUCUGAGCUUUUUGACGGCCAAACACCCGCUCUUUCCACCCAUGCCUUCCUACGGUCCUCCCUCUGCCAUCCGCCGGAUCCAGGACUGUCUGUUCAUCGCCAUAUCGUUCGUCCUCUCGCUGUGCUUUUUGACGGCUGUCUUCCUCGGUGCCCUCGUGCGGACGGCCGCUGUCGCCAUUACGAACGCUCGACUACGAAUGAGCGGUCAUAAUCCAGAUACCCAGAGAACGUUCUAUGAAGAAGAGCGUGCUCGACGGAAAGCGCGUGCUGAGGCCGACCGCAGAUGGCAUCUACGUCAGCAGAAAAGGGAUGCCGACGAGGAACAAGCUCUGGAUGAAUGCCCGUCGUUGGAAGGCGGCAAGGAUCCUAUUGUCUGUGAUGUUGCAUACUAUGCCCGUCGGGUUGGCCUUGAUGUUGAGACAUUCCGCGUGCAGACCGAAGAUGGAUUUAUCAUUACCCUGUGGCACGUCUAUAAUCCCCAAGAGUACACUGCAUUAUCACCUGAAGCAAGGCGUGAACGUGGACCCCAGGUCUUUAGUGGGCCAAAGAUCUCAAACCUGACUGGCCAACAGUCUCAGCGGCGAUAUCCCGUUCUCUUGGUCCAUGGGUUGCUUCAAAGUGCCGGUGCAUUCUGCACCAACGACGAAGACAGCCUGGCAUUCUACCUCUGUAAAUCCGGCUAUGAUGUGUGGUUAGGCAAUAACCGAUGCGGCUCAAACCCCGAACAUACCACCCUGUCGCCCGAUGACCCACGUAUGUGGUCUUGGGAUAUCCGUCACCUUGGGACAUUGGACCUUGCAGCCCUUACUUCGCGUGUUCUCUAUGAGACUGGAUUCGAGAAGCUGGGUCUUGUCUGCCAUUCGCAAGGCACCACACAGACCUUUGUGGCUUUGUCGAAAGAACAACGCCCUGAGCUGAGCGAGCAUAUUUCUGUUUUCUGCGCUCUUGCGCCUGCUGUAUAUGCUGGGCCCCUUGUACACAGACCUUACUUCCGAUUCAUGAGCAUUUUAUCUCCAGCCAUGUUUAGACUCGUCUUUGGCAUUCACUCAUUCAUCCCUUUCAUGAUGACCGCCCGCCGUCUGCUUCCACCUAGGAUAUAUGGAACCCUGGCAUAUUGGGUAUUCUCUUUUUUGUUUGAUUGGUCCGAUGAUCGCUGGGAGCGUGAUCUGCGCCACCGCAUGUUCCAGUUUGCUCCAGUAUACGUGAGUGCCGAGACCAUGCGUUGGUGGCUCGGCAGUGAUAGUUUCGCCAAACAUAAAUGCAUUCUGUCCACGGAGGACGAGUUGCGACGUGAGCUUGCCCCGAACAGUACCUUACCUGACGAGACUGUCACCGAACACGGGGAUGACCCUCGCGACGCUUGCUUGGGUAGCUCAUCCCCUAGCCCCUGGUUUGGCCCAGGGACGCCCCCAUUUGCAUUUUGGAUCGGCGGGUCCGAUGCUCUUGUCGAUGGUCGUCGGCUGGUGGAUCGCUUCCAUAGCGGCCGUGAGCCCCAUGCACGUCUCGUACAUUCGAAGAUUAUUGAGGAGUAUGAACACCUCGAUGUGCUUUGGGCUAUGGACGCUAUUGAGCAGGUUGGCAUGGAGGUCAGAGAUGUCAUUUGGAAAACCAUGCCAGACGAUGCACGUAACAUCUGCCGUGCCCCUCGCGGUGUAGAUUUUGACCAGACAUAA